CGGGGUUAGCUGAGAAGUGUGAGCAAGCAUUGUAAUACUGCAAAAUUCGUUCCCAAAAGCUCAACUUCAUUAAAUCAUGGCCAAGUUUAACGUUGAUAACUUUAAUCUAGGAAAUACAGUAGGCGACGCUAGUAAAGACGUCCACGUUGAGAAAUCUGUGCUAGCCGAUAUCAUCACGGUCGCUCACGAAUGUAGCAGUUGCCUUCAAACACUAUGCAGCUUAGAUGGAGAACCUUGUGGCUUGGGAUCAGAAGCAAAAAAUAAUAUGAUAUGCUUCAAUAUUUGGAUAGAUUCAUCGGGGGUUUUUCGAGAAGCGAGUGGUUCCCUUACGAGUAAACUGCGAUUCAUGCCCGAUAUUAGCACGAAGAUUCAAAACUUGUUACUCAGUCUCCGAAAUAAUCUUGGCAAGUUCUAAGGAAGAGUUCACAGAUUCAACAUUAUAUAUACAACUUACUAAUACGAUUUCUUAGAAUCGGAGAUUUCGAAGACAAACGAAGAGCAAAAAAUAGAGAGUGGAAGUGAUGGUUCUUCGGAUCGAUCUUCAACGUCAUAUCGACUAUUCAAGGGCCCCCAGAAAGAUAUACCGAUUUCCCAGAAUCACUUCUGGACUUCUAUUCAAUCCAAAAUCACAAGUUUACGACAACUCGAUAUUAUCUUACACCUCGAGAACGCGAAAUAUAGACAGGCUCGCCUUGGUCAGCUGAUUGCAAAUAGUCAGUAUCGGAGGAUGUAUAUGGUUUCUAAAGAGCGAGCUUUUGAACUAGUUUCCAACAUAUUUACGAAAGCAUCACUUCAUCUCCGAGACCGAAUUGCGGAGUCUAUCGCAACAAGGAGAGUUUGGCUGUUGGAUUUAGGCCGUCGUCAACCUAAGAGACACCUCACCGAUACUGUUGACGAGUAUACAUCUGCCAAGCGCACUCUAGCAUUAAUUUUGGGCGCCAAACAGCCUUUGACAUUGAAGAAGCUCCCAUCACUGUUGGAAACCACAACGGAUACUUCAGGUUUAUCUCCAUCCACAGAUAUAAAACGCGAAGAGCUGAACAAUACGAAGUCAGAGACGUCAAGAGAUAUUUCUGCCAGCCUUCUUCCACCCAUGCCGAAACUUCAGUUCGACGGUACCCGUUUCACCUGUCCAUUCUGCUUCAUAAGCUGCUCGGCAACAGACAUUAAAACCACCGAAUCGUGGAAGAAGCAUUUGAUCCACGACCUUGAACCAUACUUCUGUGUUUUUGAUUCGUGUAAAAUGCCCGCGACCUACAGUAUAUCAUAUGAGUCAUGGUUACAGCAUAUGAAAAUAAAGCACAUGAAAACCGAGUGGUAUUGCUGGUUUUGUCAAUCUGGCCCUUCCUUGAAGAGAUUCUCAACAUCUAUAGGCUUGGAAGAUCACUUAGAGAACCACCAUUCAGACAGGACUACAGAAUCGGUUCGUGCUACUAUUAGCAAGUAUAGCGUAUUACCUCAGCAGCUAGCUUUAGCUUCCUGCCCGUUUUGCGCCUGUUCCUCGAAAGAUAUCGAAACUCACUUGUUAAAUCAAGAGAGUUAUGAUGGAUUUGAUGCCUGGAGCAAGCAUAUUGGUGAUCAUUUGAUAGAUGCUUCAUUUAUGAUGCUUCCAAGAGACUACGAUCGACAAGAUCAACAGGAAAGCAACUCAAUGGAACAAUCGCUACUCCAGAACGAUAUCAAAUACAACGAUACGGGGGGCCAUAAAACACCAUUCCAUGAGUCACCUGAAAUUCAGCCUGCGCACUUGAGGGAACAAUUUAAGGAUGAUUCUGUAGGAGUACAGCUAGCGUCACAGAUGCUAAAGACGGAAAGAGCUAACCCACGAUUACUGGGAUUGUCAGUUCCAAGAGUUGUUACACGCGUUGACACGUUUGUAACUAUGGCUACCAAAACAGCUUCAGGUCGGCGCUUGAGGAGAUGGAGUCCAAAGGCGAUCCUUGGCUGUCUCAUGUGUCGGCGGCGCCGCGUGAAAUGCGAUGAGACUAGGCCAGCUUGCAAGCGAUGUGCAGCAGUGGGGAUGCGAUGCGCAUUCUCGAAGCUUGAACUCGAGCAGUCGCUUGCUAAAAUUCGCAUUCAAGACCAACAAGUAUAUCUAACGGAAGUUGAAGGGAAACGGCUCGCAGACGUCCAUACGCUACUGCACAUCAUGCCAGAGGUUUUCAAACUUCAAACUAAGAUUCCGGCUAAAGGCUCCUUGGGAAUUACUGUACGCAACAGUAUGGCUCUCUAUCUACCAUUUCUACCAAGUCGGGCCGGUCAUCACUCAGCGUUGGACUCAGCGAUACAUAGCCUUGCCUCAUCUGUGUUUCUGUAUUAUUCGAUGCACAGCAUACCAGAGGGUACAAAUAUUAAUAUCCUCGAUCGGAGAAAGGCUCUUGCAUUACACAGUCAAGCAGUAUUGAAGUUACAAAAGGCUUUAUACGAUCCAGAAGACUCUUUCUCUGCUGAGACUCUAUGCGCCAUGGUUCUACUUGGUUCUCAAGAAUUUUUUAUAAAUCCUUCGUCAAACACCUACCGUAGGGGCUAUCUAUCUGGUAUACAACAAAUUAUACAACAUCGCGCGCCACAACGGUUUACAUCGAGAAUGGAGCUACACCUCUUGCAUUAUCACGUUGAGUUCAUAAUAUUCAGUGCCUUCUAUUCCCACGAGCAUUGCUUUUUAAUCGAGUAUAAAUGGCAAAAAGUUCUUCACAAUAUCGCGUCAAUCUCAACAGAACUAGCAGUAACCAUUGUGUGUUUGCUAUACACUGGCUUCGUGUUUAAGCUUGUUUUAGAAGCAGAUAACUUCAUAAACAGUGCUAUACAGCGACGAGAAGAACAAAGAGGGCUUCUUGACAAACUAAAAACCCUUAAUCCAUUUUAUGAGUGGUACAGGAUCUACGAGGCUAAACAAAUGAGCUCCGUGUUAGCAAGUACCGACAUGCAUAUACAAAACAUAGAUGAAAUAUGCGCACGUGGGACAAUUUUCACGUCAUUUCCGGUCGAGGAAGUAUUUUCAAUCUUGAGAUUUAUGGUGCUCUGGCUUUCUGUGGCUCUGGGUAGUCCAGCUGAGCGGGACAUAAAUCCAGACCUACACGCUCUAGCAUAUAUGUCGAAGUAUAAUUCAACGCGAAACGAGCAACAAGGACAACCUGCAGCAUGGGCGUCAGUACUGCAUAGAACAAUAUUUCUACCUAUUAUGGAUACUGCUAAUGAGUGGAUGAGUCACUCUAGGUUGUUGCCUGAAAAGCAUCCGGCGCAUGGAGAAGGUCUUGUAAUUCCACGGGCAGUGUUCGGGCGCUGGAUAAAACAUAUGAAAGUUUGUGGAGGCAGUGAUGGCUUUGACACAUGGCAAAAGCUACAGUAUUAAUGCCUAUAGAUGCUUAUGAAUUGAAGGUUUAAAUAGUGUAGAGCAUAUAAGCAUAUGCGUUUUAUUGGCGUAAACAAUUUAUACUCGAGACUCGCUACAGCAGAUGGGGGUAUUGAAAUAUUUUCCAGAGGCACAC